ACAGCAUUUACCACUUUAACAUUGUCAGACCUCAGAAACCCCAAUAACUCUCUCUUCUCAAAACAAAGAACACUGACUCCAAUCAGCUUUUCUCGAACCAAAUCUAAUCCAACCCAAGUUGGAAAAAUUAAAAACAAAAAAACAAAAACAAAAAAAAGUAGAGAAACCGAAAAGGACAUUGACGUCAGCUUGACAUCAUCGUCAUCACCAUUCAUCUUCCUUCUGGACACUACUAGUUAGUGUACUGUAGUACAUCAGCAAAACAACAGAGCUCUGGGCUGAAAGAAGAACAGAUUUGGAAGGGAAGAGGGAGGAGGAAACCGUAAAUGGUGGCGCAAAAGAAGGGGACUAAAAUGCUCCAUCUUUGUAUAUCAUCAGCUCUGGAUUUUACUACUACUACUAAUACUUCUACUCUAUAAACUAUCAAUGGUCUUAAUUUCUCCCUUCAUUUCAGGCCCAUUGUUUCCCUCUUUCUCUUUUCCAAAUUGCCUUUUUUCUGAUCUUUUUUCCCCCAUCCAGCUUUCCUGCGUUUUGUGUCAUUUGUUAUGUACGAUUUUUGUCCUCCUCUGAUUUAAUUUUGGUCAUUGUCAUUUUUCAAUUAUUUUCGGUUUUGUUUUGAUUUGGUUCAGAUCUAUCAAGUAUCAACUUUGGUUGUCUUAGGUUAGGUUUUGAUCCUCUUCUCUCCUUUUUUUCUUUUUUUUUUUUUUCCUUUCCUCUGCAAGAGGAGAGAAAGAAUUCUCUCUCUCUCCUCGCCUCAGAUUAUAACAUACAUUUUGUUGAUUUAUCAAAAUUGUUAUCUCAUUCUUCUUCUAAUGUGUGUCAUUAGGUAGUAGUUAUUCUUUCUUUUCUUUUCUUUUUUCUGGAAGGGGUUGAAUUGAGGGGAAUUGUGUUGGGUUGAGGGUAAAAAUCUGUUCUUUCUGGAAAAGUCCCCCAAUUUUUAUUAGCUAUACCAAAAAAUGAGCUGCUUUUCUUGCAUGAGUCCUCGCCGCAAGGAUGUUAGGGACUAUGAUGAAGACAUGGCCCCUCGAUCUGCUGAUUCUGCUAAGGGUAAGGCUUAUGCUGAUGGGAGCGCGCAUGGGAGGCGAGGCACUUCUUUGGGGGGUAAACUUAGAGAUGCUAUGGUCGCCCAAAAGGGUAAUGUAGCACGUAGCUUCACGUUUAAGGAGCUCGCCACGGCUACCCAGAAUUUUAAAGAGGCUAAUAUGAUUGGGGAAGGUGGUUUUGGUUGCGUUUACAAGGGGCGAAUUGAAUCUGGCAUGGUGGUUGCUAUCAAACAGCUUAAUCAUGAAGGCCUUCAGGGGAAUCAGGAAUUUAUUGUGGAGGUUCUAAUGUUGAGUUUACUGCACCAUCCCAACCUUGUGAAUCUGAUUGGAUAUUGCACAGAUGGAGAUCAGAGACUCUUGGUUUACGAGUAUAUGCCAAUGGGCAGCUUAGAAAAUCAUCUUUUCGACCUGGAACCUGGCACAGAGCCCCUCAGUUGGAGCAGGAGAUUGAAGAUUGCAGUUGGUGCAGCUCGUGGUCUUCAAUACCUUCACUGUUCUGCAAAUCCACCCGUUAUUUACCGUGAUUUGAAAUCUUCAAACAUAUUGUUGGACAACGACUUCAAUUCGAAGCUAUCUGAUUUUGGGCUGGCUAAACUUGGGCCAGUUGGAGACAAAACCCAUGUUUCUACACGAGUGAUGGGGACCUACGGCUAUUGUGCUCCUGAAUAUGCCAUGAGCGGGAAGUUGACUUUGAAGUCUGAUAUCUACAGCUUCGGUGUGGUUCUGCUGGAGCUCAUUACGGGCCGCAAAGCUAUUGACUGCACUAAGAAGCCAGGGGAGCAAAACCUGGUUGUGUGGUCCCGUCCAUUCCUGAAAGACCGUAGAAAGUUUGUUCUAAUGGUUGAUCCACUACUUGAAGGGCGCAUCCCAGUUCGCUGUUUGCAUCAUGCGGUUGCAAUUGCAGCAAUGUGCCUUCAGGAGCAGCCGAGUUUCCGCCCAAUAAUUGGUGAUAUUGUUGUGGCUCUUGAAUACUUGUCCUCACAAGCUGAAAGUUCAGACGCUGCCAAUGGCUGGUCUGCCGGUCAGGGGGGUGCAUCCCCUUCUACCCAACAUGCUAAUCCCGACCCGAGAAAGAAAGAUUUAGUUAAUUAUUCUGCUGCCUUUUAACCUUAAACAUGUCAAGCUGCCUUGAAGUACAUGCUGCUAAUGCAAUUUACUUUUGGAGUUUAACCGGGGGCUUAGAGUUUGAAGGAAACCAACCUUAUUGAUGGAAGUUGACCAAAGCUUAAAGGUAAAUUACUAAGCUUGGAACUAUGUUUGCAAUAUAUACUGGCAAAUUGUCAAAUAUCCAGCAAAGAUGUUAAGUUGCUAACGUUAAAGAAUUUUGACCGACUUUGCUAUUCAAAUACAUUGGUCUGGUAGUCAGUAAGAAGGAAUAGCUACUUUUUCAAGCUGCUGGCAUUAUCAUGGAAAUUCUUUUCCGUACCAUGCUAACUGCCCUGAUUCUCAGAUAGCGCCAAUAAAAUGUAAUUUCUGUACGUACCUUGUUUGUUCUAACCGUUUCUUGUUAUGCUUUUACCUCGACGGUGGUUGAGCUUUCCAAUGAUGUGGCAUUACUUCCUGUGUAGCUGCAAGUUUGGGAACACUGAUUGGUUUUCUUCUCUAGACUAAUUGUUUUUAGUGCAACGCAAGUUGUACUCAGAAUUUUCAAGUUCUACUUGUUUUGAGGAGAUUGUGUUGAUUUGAUAUUUAUCACUAAUUGCAGGUUACUGCUGGAAUGUUCAUUCUGGUUCUGCUGUUGUUUCCUGCCUACUGCUGCCUGCCCUCCUCUCCUGACAAGACUCAAGAAAGAAAAUUAAAAAUAUAUAUAUAAUAUAUGUAGGACUUCCAUCGUAUAUAUGCAGAGAUAGGGAUUUUUAAUUUUUGUUACGAUUUUUUUUUGGGGGUGAGGGGUGGUGCUUCAAUGAAGAGGAAAGCUGGUUUUUGUAGCGGCAAGCAAGGGUCAUCUGUGCUUGUUUGUUUUGCUUGCCAUUAGAAGAAGAAGAAGAAGAAGAAAUGAAGAAAGUGAAUGUCUUGUGUAAUGAGUAAAUUAUUAUAUGGAAAAAAGACGAUGACAUUGAUUGUUUUUUGUGAAAUCAUAUAGAAGACUGUACAGUAGUUUUGAGAUGAAUCUACAAAAAAAAGGUCUGAGCUCAAAACAUGAAAAUGAGGAUAAGGUUAUUAGCAAAAGACUUUACACCCCACUCCUCAAGGCCAAGCAAAGUCUUACAUGGCGAUGGUUUCUAUUGCUCCAAGGUUGCACAUCAUCAGAUAGACCCAAGUCAACUGAUUGCAAUGUCGGGGAACCUUAUAUCACUCGAUACAUGGAAAUCAUAAGAGUCGGAACUUCAGGUGACUGGAGAGUUGAUCACAAUGUCUAAAAUUGCGCCGAGUAACUGUUGAUUUUUUUUCAUUUCACUCAAUCAUUUUGGAACGAAAGGAGUCACGGUAAGACAUUGACGGGGUCUUUAGGAUGGGGCAAUGAGUUCUAGUGUGAGUUGCAUAAAG